AUGAAGCAUUUUCAACAAUUACUCGUCGCCGGAGCGGGCUUCUCUUGGGUAGCGCACGCCGUCAAUACUCUCGUCGAUGUUGGCUAUGCAAAGUAUCAGGGAACCGUCGUCGACUCAGAGCUUGGUGUCUCUGCUUGGAAAGGCAUGCAGUACGGGGCACCACCUACUGGCGAGCGUCGGUUCGCGGCGCCGCAAAACCCUAUCGUCUCCGGUCUCAUCAACGCCACUAGACACGGUGCAACAUGCCCACCUAGCCGUCCUGAUGACUGGACUGUUUCCGGACCCAACGACCGCUUCACCAUUGCUGAAGACUGUCUUUACCUGAGCGUGUAUGCGCCUUCCAAGGCCCGCGUCGACUCGAAGCUGCCAGUUGUGGUGUUCUUCCAGGGAGGUGGCUUCUCGUCGCAGUCUAGCGCGAACUGGGAUCCCACUGAGAUUGUGGCAGACGGCCAGGUCGUCUUUGUUCAAUUCAGCUACCGCGUGGGCUUGUACGGUUUCCUCAGUAGUGAAGCGGUCAAAGCAGGAGGUGGUGAUGUCAAUGCUGGGCUUCGCGACCAGAUCAAGCUCCUCGAGUGGGUUAAGGAGCAUAUCGACCAAUUCGGUGGUGAUCCAGACCACGUUGUUCUUGAUGGAGUCAGUGCCGGUGGAUCCUCUGUUGCGCUCAUGAUGGCGGCCAACACAGGCAAGAAGCUGUUUGCUGGCGGUAUUAUGGAGUCGGGUGGCUGGGUUACGAUGCGCACUCCAGCGCUGGGCGAGGAGCAAUACCAGUGCUUGCUUGAAGAUAAGGGGUGCGCUAAUGCGACGGACGGCCUCUCCUGUCUACGUGCGUUGAACGAGUCGGCUAUCCGUUCUUCCAACUGCUGGUUCAACCCCAAUAUCGAUGGCGACCUCUACACCGACUCGCUUGUGAACCUCUUCGACCAGGGUAAGUACGCAAAGGUACCGACGAUCAUGGGCACCUGCGCUCAAGAGGGCACAAAGUACAACGCGCCAGAAGAUCUUAACACUACAGCCGAUGCAGUCAAAUGGGUGGCCAAUCAAGACCCAAGCUUGAGCAACUCUUCCAUCUCGAUCAUCGACGAUCUCUACAUGAAGCCCGCGAAGCCUUCAUUCCCCGGAAAGGGACUCUACUGGCGCCACGCUGCUGACGCCAUUGGCGACAUCGGAACCCACUGCCCGACCCGCAACAUCCAGAACGCGAUCGCGCGCGACGACGUACCCACGUACAACUACAAGUAUGCUGUGCAGGACCCAGCCGACGAGGCAGUCGGCUACGGCGCCUGGCACACCGUCAACGCAUAUGCUUUCUGGGGCGUAAACCGCACCGACGGCAGCGAACCACCCAGCUACUUCACCACCAAUGCGCCUAUCAUCAAGCAUGUGCGCAGCUACUGGACCAGCUUCAUCCGUAACCUUGACCCCAAUACUGACCGCGCUAACCGUGCUGUUGAGUGGAAGCCGUAUACUGGUGCCGACUCGCGUGAGAGGCUCUUCAUUCAGACGAACAAUACGAAGAUGGAGCGUAUGAGCCCUGCGCAGGCGCUAAGGUGCGAUGUUGUCAGGCCGAUGAGCGACAACCUCGGCAAGCCGGUUAGAAAGGGUGUUGUUACGGAGUUUGAUGCGCAGUUGGCGAAGAAGGUUAAUGUGACUAGUGAUAGUACCGCAUGGAAGAAGGGGAAGAAGUAG